CGGGGCCGGGGGCGGUCAGAGCUGUGGGAACCCCGGCUGAGUACGGUGGUCCUGCUCCUCAACACGGUCGCAUCAUCACCAGUGUCGCUCAGUGCCGCGACGUGCACUCUCGAGCGCUCGCACUGUCAACGUUCAUGGACAACGGACACUUAUAAUUACACGUCAGUGACAACCGUGAUAAGCGAGUGAUGCCAGACAAAUAGUGCAAAUACCUACCUGGUGACGUUUGUGUUGGUGUGUGGCUGAACGAGUGAGGUGUUGCCGCUAGAGCGCCGCGCUACUUGUACUUAGUCUUCGCCGCAUUCCCUUGAUAAACUUGACAGCACCGAAGUCGGUGCCGAGCCUCCCUGCGUCGAGCGGCGGCCGUGGCGCCCUCGCGCUGCUAGUGACUUGUGUUGUGCCAAAUAUUGUCUUAACUCGAGGCAGUCGACCAAGUUCGUGGGCCAGGAUGACUCCGUCAGCGCCCCCGACGAGAGUUUAGGCGUGCCCUGAGCGGACCAUGCCUAGCUCUGGCGGAGAGGUGACGACGGCCACGGUAGCGAAGGUGGAACAGGUGGACACAGCCAAGCUAGAGACGGAGACGAUGGCGCAGGUGGUGCCCGAGGUGGUGAUCGGGAGGUCACCUGCGAGGAUCAACCCCAAGAGAAAACCAGACAAGUCUAAGAUAUUCAGAAUACGCACAAGUGAGACAGAUGACUCGUACAUCUGCCCUUACUGCCGGGCGGAGCUGAGUUCCCGCGAGCAGCUGGAGGAGCACCGAGUGGCGUGCGGGCGUGACCCUCCCGUGCUGCCGGUACCAGAGACGCCCCCCGGCCACCACGAGGGCGCGCACCCCGACGAGCUGCGGCGGCACCAGGACGUGGCCAACAACAACCAGGCGCACGCGCUCAAGGCCCGCACCGCCCACGAGACGACCCCCGAGUCGCGGGAGUCGUCCGUCGACCGCAACAAUGGCUACGACAGCGACAGCAACCCGCUGGAGAGCGGCCCUCUGGCGCAGAUCAGGCAGAUCCUGGCGCAGUCGACCGCCGCCAGCGCGUCCGUGGGCCCCAUCCACCAGCAGCUGGCGCAGUCCAACCUGGCCCUCGAGGCCAUCCAGAACACCCGGAUGGCGCUGACGCAGUUCGCGACGUCGGCGCUGAACUCUUCCCAGAACAACCCCCAGGCGAUGCAGGAGUUCGCCAUGUUGCAGGGGACCUUGUAUACCUUGCAGCACCAGCAGAUGAUGCAACUGCAGCUCAUCCAGCAGCUGCAGGCACAGCUGUCGAUCAAAAACAAGGAAGGGAGCCCGGGGCUGCCGAACUUCCCCGAGGGGGAGGCGAAAGCGCCGAGCGAGAGCCAGGAGCAGAAGCCCCCGUCCCGCCCACCACCUCCCCGCCCCCCGCCCCCGCCCACUUCGGAGAACAACAACCAGGACGGGGUCAGCAGUUCCUUCCUCAGCUCCCUCAUGGAGCGCUUCAAGGCUCCCCCCAGCAAUGAGAGCAGCGGCGAGCGCCCCACACAAGGGUCCCCCAUGGUGGCUGCCAGCACCAGCGGGCCCCCCAUCGACCCCAGAGACCGCCCGAUCUCGCCGCCCAUGACGGCCUCCAGCAUCGCGUCCUCCGUGAUCCAGCACACGGAACCCCCGCCGUCCGACGAGCCCAACACGCUGGAGAUGCUCCAGCGAACCGCCAACAACGUCCUCAACAACGCCUCGCAGGGUCUCCUCACCAGCCGACUCAUCGACGACCACAAGCCCCCCGACGGCAAGGACCCCUACUACAAGCAUCGAUGUCGCUACUGCGGCAAGGUCUUCGGCAGCGACUCGGCCCUCCAGAUCCAUAUCAGAUCCCACACUGGAGAGAGACCCUUCAAGUGCAACGUCUGUGGAAACCGAUUCACCACCAAGGGCAACCUGAAGGUGCACUUCCAGCGCCACGCGCAGAGGUUCCCCCACGUCAAGAUGAACCCCCAUCCUGUCCCGGAGCACCUAGAUAAGUUCCACCCGCCCCUGCUGGCGCAGCUGGGAGAGCUAAAGGACUACCCUUCUCCUCCUACCGGGCCUCCGAACCCCUUCCCAUCCAUGUCGGGCGGCCCUGCCCUACCUCCGUACCGGCUACCGGGCCCGCCCCCGUCGCUCGACCUCCACAGACCCUUCAACCUCCUCAACCUCGCCAGACAGCCUCGCGACGACGAGCCCGAGAACCUCAGCGUGUCCGAGACCCGGUCGUCGCCCGAGGCUCUGCGGCGAGACUUCGGCAUGGACAGAGGCGACUCCAGCAUGGACGUGGACGACACCUCUCGGCACUCCAGCAGGUUCGACUCGAAAAUGGAGAAGGGCGAGGGCGACGCCGACAUGGUCAGCAUGGCGGGAAUCGGCCUCAACGAAAACAGCUCCGACAGAGAGAAAAGAUUCGAGAAGCCCUUCGAGGAGGCGAAAACCUUCGACAGCAAUCCAUUAAAGGACGAGAAGUAUGAAGAAGCGAAGAGAUUCGGAGAAGAGAACAGAUUUCUAGAGAAAAGGUUCGAGGAGGAGAAGAGGUUCGAGGAAGAGAAGCGGUUUGAGGAGGAAAAGAGGUUUGAGGAGGAGAAAAGGUUCGAGGAGGAGAAGCGGUUUGACGAAGAGAAGAGGUUCACUGAAGGAGAAAGGUUUGACGAAGACAAGAGGUUUGACGAAGAGAAGAGGUUUGAGGAGGAGAAGCGUUUCGAAGAAGAGAAGAGAUUUGAAGAAGAUAAGGCGUUCGAAGACAGAAGGUUCGACGACGAAAGCAGGAUGAUGGAGAGCGAGAACAAGUUCGACAGCGAAAGGAAGUUCAAGAGCGAGCGGGAGACGUCCGAGGACCGCUUCCUCAACUCGCAGGAGAUGCGCGAUAUGUCGGACAGGAAGAGCUCCGAUAGUGACAUGAGUGCCAAACCACACCCCUUGGACAUCCGCGUCCGCACCGAGAAGGAGCUGAAGGACGCCGCCGACGGGAACAGUGCCAAAGAGGACCAGGACAUGGACAGCAGCGACUCCCGUCCUCUCAGCACGGACCAGCCAACUGACCUCAGGAUGAGACCAGACUUUCGUCCACUCGGGCUGCCGACUAUUCCAUUCUCAGGCCCUAGGCUUCCCCUCAACUUCCCCUUUCUCCCCGGCCUUCCUACCUCAUUUCCCGGGCCGAUGGGCCCCCCGAGCAUCCCCCCAGGCGUCGACCCAGCCAAAGAUCCACAUAUCUACACGAACCUCCUGCCCAAGCCCGGGAGCUCCGACAACUCGUGGGAGGCGCUGAUCGAGAUCCAGAAGACGAGCGAGACGAUGAAGCUGGAGCAGCUCGUCAACAACAUCGAGAACAAGCUGACGGACCCGAACCAGUGCAUCAUCUGCCACCGCGUCCUCUCGUGCAAGUCGGCGCUGCAGAUGCACUACCGCACACACACCGGAGAAAGGCCUUUCAAAUGCAAAAUCUGCGGGCGCGCCUUCACCACGAAGGGAAACCUCAAGACUCACAUGGGCGUCCACCGCGCCAAGCCGCCCAUGAGAAUGCUGCACCAGUGCCCGGUGUGCCACAAGAAGUACACCAACGCCCUGGUGCUUCAGCAGCACAUCCGGCAGCACACGGGGGAGCCCACCGACCUGACCCCCGAGCAGAUCGCCGCCGCGGAGGUCAGGGACUACCCGCACCUGCACACGCCGACGUCGCUCCCGCAAAUGCUGUCGCAGGGCUUCCCUCUGCCGCCGCCGCCCCUGCAAGGCUUCCCUCCCCUGCCCCUGCACCUCAGGUACCAGCUGUCCCCCGAGGCCCUCAGGCACCGGGAGAUGAUGGAGAGCGAAGACCGGGGCAACGAGGAAGAGAAGUACCUUCGUCCCUUCAGCAACUCCUCCAGGUCGUCCUCGACGGGCAGCGCCGAGCAGCGCACCGCCGAGGACCUGACGGUGAGGGCUCGCGAGGACAACUACAACGGCAUGACCUCCCCCCGCGCCUCCGUCUCCCCCACGCCGUCGGACUACUCCGACCUAGGGGAGAGGUCGCAUGACGCUCCCGCUGACAGUCAGGUGUCGCCGCCCGACCACAAUAUCAGCGGCUCCGUCAGCCCCGCCGUCAGCACAGGAAGUCAGGACGGAGGAGUGCCUCUGCCCCUGGACUUGGCGCAGCGCUCUCACCCGCACCUGUUCUCGCCCUUCGGCCUGUUCCCGCCGCCCCUCACGACGGGCCCGCUGACGCCCGGCACCCACUCCAUGCCGGGCCUCAACCCGCUCUACAUGCCCAGCAUGCCAGGCCGCGGCAACACCACGUGUCAGAUUUGCUUCAAAACCUUCGCUUGCCAAUCGGCGCUUGAGAUCCACAUCCGAUCCCACACGAAGGAGCGGCCCUUCAAGUGCAGCAUCUGCGACCGAGGCUUCUCAACUAAGGGGAAUAUGAAGCAGCACAUGUUGACCCACAAGAUCCGCGAUGGCUGCCGCGACCAGCCCCUGGACCCCAACAAGAGCAACGGGCCCGGAACCCCAGGCCUGGACACGUCGUCGGCGUCGCCGUCGCUCAUCUCGCCCCUCACGUCCUCCGUCGUCUCCCCGCUCCCGUCGUCGCUCGCCUCGCCUCUCCCUUCCUCGCUCGCCUCGCCCCUUCCCUCCUCGCUCGCCUCGCCCCUUCCAAUCUCACUGGCCUCGCCUCUUCCAAUCUCACUGGCCUCGCCUCUGCCCCCCACGCUCGCCUCCCCCCACCCGUCGUCCCUCGCCUCGCCCCUCCCGGCGUCGCUCGCCUCCCCACUCCCCGCGUCUCUCACGUCUCCUCUCCCCGCCUCCCACGCCUCCCCACUUCCCUCUUCCCUCACCUCUCCCCUCCCCGCCUCGCUAACCUCGCCCCUGCCCGCCUCUCUCCCCUCCUCGCUACCCCCGUCGUUCCCCCCCGCAGCCGUGGCCGCAGCCCUCCUGCAGCAGGCGCGGGAGGAGGAGAAGCUGGACGCGAGAGUGAAGCGAGAGCGAGAGGGCGAGAACGUGCUCCCGGUACCUAAGCGACCGUCAGGCCCCGGCGGAGAGGGCGAGCUCCUCGAGUCGGGCAACCCGAUGGAGGGGGAGCAGCCGCAGGGAUGCGACCCCGCCCCCUGCCCCUCGCCGGCCCCCGAGGUCAUGCCCUUGCCGAGGACGUGAUCCAUGCCAACCCUCUGUGUAAGUCUCCAGUAAAGCUACCCAGAACAGAGGAAUUGCGCCCGGAGUGGUCCGCCUGCCUCCGACAUGGCCGCCGUGGUUCUACAAGUAACCAAGUUACUCAUCGCAUACCCACAAGUUACCCGAAUCCCCGCCCUCUCCGAAACGUGCCCGGCCCCCCUCCCUCCCCAGCCGCGUCCCCCUCCGCUCCGAACGCGGGGGGGUCGAUCGCUGCCCCGGGGUCAUAGAGCUUAAAGCUUUGCCGUUUUAGUGGUCCAGGAGAGGCCGCUCUGGUGAGGACCAUCAGACCUUGGAUAUGUGGCUUUGAAAAAGUUUCUUUAUGGUGACGAGUGAUGGUGAAUGACGAUUUGCAGAGAGACGGAAAAACCAGUGAAAAUAAUGAUAAUGAUAAUUUACGAAAUAAAUGAAGGAUGAAUAAAAGAAUUACAUUUAAUCACCCUCCAAUACAAAUCAAUAAACUGACGAAAAUCUAUAUACAAAUUUUAUCACCAAUGAUAAAUGUUGCAAGAGCAGAUCCAGCGAGAAGUGAUCCCCGUGUCGACAUCAAGCCUCCAUGUACAAAAAGUGCGAGACACGAAAUCUAUUAUGUUAAAGGAUUUUGGGGGAAAAGGAAACAAAAGGAAAUGUCUUUCUGUUCUGGGACAAUUUCCUUAAUGGGUGGGAAAAAAAGGAUGGUCAUAGAUACCGAAGGAUAUAUAUUAAAAACAAAAAGAGAAAAAAAUCGAAUUGACGGAAAGAAUUGUAAUCUGUAAGUUGGUUUUUGUUAAUAGGCAUCAAAGGUGUUGUGUAUAGAACGAUAUUCUUCUUUUAUAUGUAAAGAUCUCAUUUUCAUGCUCUUACGAACUCAUUCAUUUUAACUAUAAUUGUUAAUUUAUCUUCGCGCUAUGACUCCUUUUUUUACUUCAUUCUUGAGUUUUUAAGUGUGUCCAUUCAAUGUGAAUCAAGAUGAAAGAAAGAAAGAAAAAUAUAAACAAUGGAUUUGUCUUUUCUAAAUAUCCGAGCACAUAAGCCCAGUAAAAUGCUUGUGACAUUUUGUACCAACCACUUGUACAUCCACCGUAGUUCCUCGCCAAUCUAGUCUUUGCGGUCCCCUGCGGUCAGUGGGGGCGACACUGGGCCCUCGCCCCCGCCCACAGAGAGAAAGGGAGAAGGGCAGAAACAGAUAGAAAGAAAGAAAAAACAAAACAGAAAGAUAAAGAGAGAGAGAGAGGAGUGAUUAUCUAUAGGGAACAAAUAUGCACCUCAAACUUUUACUCAUUACCUCAUUCACCCCAUGAGUUCGGAUCCGAGAACGCGACUGGGCGCGAGGGCGACGGGGAACCCAGGUUAGGGCGCUUCACUUACCGCUCGGGACUGUUCUGGGUAUAAAAAUGUCACAAAUGUUUGCAAACAGUGCAUUAUAGCGCAGGCCGACGCCUCCCCCAGGCACCAGUACUCCUCGGGGCCGUCGAUUCCUUUUAUAUAUAUAUAUAUAAAUACAUAUACAUAUACUAGUAACGCUGAUCACUGCAGGAGAGCCUAGAGAGUGAUAGCCUAGAUUAUAUCAAAUGAGAUUUUUUUGUCAUUAAACUGUAAAUUCAUAUCUACUUAGGAAUCUCUUUGCUUUGUGAUGUACUGCAAUAUAAUGGGAAUGGGCAUUUAGGCAAACCAAGUUGUUCUCUGUGAUAAUAUAGUCAAAGGAUUUAAACUGGGCUAGAUUUCCGUUAUUAUUUAAAAAAAGAAUAAAUCAAGAGUCUAUAUGGUUAUCGGUUUGGUGUAAAUGACGAUAUGAGAACCGAUCAGAUGGGGCUCCGUGACAAGGCGCUCGGCACCACCCCGCCUAGGACUGGACUGUUCAUCGCGACAGCUGAGAGACGACCAGUGGACGCAGGACGACUACAGCAGUGCAGGGGACGUCCGCAGGUGUGACAUCGCCGGCGAGUCCUCUUGCCGAAUCGACGCCACCAGGAGGGAGGCGCCACCAGCGUGCAUGGUAGCAUUGCCAGGGCGCCAUCUAGCAGACUGAGCACGCCAGAAGACCCGUGCUUCAUGCGUAGCAGCGUCCAAGCACCGCCGCGGCGCUUGGCGACAAGCAACAGGACCAGACUUUGCCAGAUAUCCUCGAGGUCGUGAUGUAAAUGCACGUUAUUGUAUGCUGGACUGUUUCUUCCUCUUUGGAAACCCUACUUUUGGAUAUGUGUGUAUUUGGAAGUAUUCAAAUAUCGUAUAUCACAGCAUAGCUUAUGGAUUCAGGUUUGCCUCGUAACAUAUCUCGGACGAGGGCGUCAGGAGCUUGAUAUGUGUAUUAUGCGGCGUCGUCGCUCUUGGCACCCUUGGCCACCCCCCCUCGUGAAGGGCGAGGGGCCCCUGUCCCAGCCUGCCUCCGUCGGGCCCUUCGUGACGCACUAACGACACACCAGCAGCCGGUGAGGACACUCUCCCAUCGCGGGGAGAGGUCAAGUGUCCCAACCUGACUCGUGUGGGCCCUCUAGGACACAAACCACAGGACACAUAGUCUGAAAAAGAGAAGAAUGGAAGAGAGAAUCUCAAAACACAAAACACUGGUUCUAUGCUCCAACAGUGACAGAGCGAGCACGAGAGCGGUGGUGCGAGGGUGGCGACAGAUGUCAACGGGAAGGACGAAACGCAAUUGGCUUCGCGACGACAACUUGCAUCAUCCUCAUCCUCCUACACUCCUACACAGUCUCUUCUCACGCCCACCCUCAAGUCCUUCGCACACCCACAGCACCACCAUCCAGCCCCCUCCCCGACCCAUCCCUCCACACAUUCACGCCCAAAUCUCCCACCCACUUUGCCCACAGCAACAUCAGCAGAAGGUCUCAACAUACCUCAGUGGCUUGGACUCGCGCAGCCACAGCACCGGUUGAGGCGUCCCGCUUCUCACCCUCGCAAAGGAAGAGGAAAAAUUCAAAACGAAGAUUUAAAACAAGAGAGUGUUUCAGUCCUGUUUUUUGUACGGUUUUAAUGGAUUUUAGAUCAUUAGUUUUCUCGGCUUUUUCUAUGAGGUAAAAUGUAUGUAGUGUCACUGUAAAAAAAUAAAAUGUUUAGAUAAAUGCAAAUAUGAUAUCAGUUAAUAAGUUGUAGAAAUAUCACACUUUUCACAUAUGGAGAAACCAAUCUUUUGUAUAGCUUUAGAGCACAGACAUGCAUGUACGCUAAAUAUUUAUCAUAUCAGAUCUUACUUGUGUGUGUAUGAGUGGAAUAGAUGCUGCCAGAGGGGUCAAAGGAAUCAGGUUAAGGCUAGGUUUAAGGAGCAGCUGUAUCUAUAGACGGCUUACAAAAUGUCCUAUCGUACCUUUUUUUUCCUUUUUUUUCUUUGAGUUGACUUCCUCGCAAGACCUUCUAGCGUCCUGCGGCUGAGCUAUGUCACAAGAAUCAUCAGGAUCGCCAUGAGGUCCUUGGUAUCUUGUAACUAUCUUCCGGGGCGCGGUUCAGUGACGCCCCUGGGUGUUUGUCUGUGAUACGGCCGAGCUGACCGCGCCAUGGUGAAGUCAUUCCAGUGCCAUGCUCAGCAAACCCGGCCUCCAGGAGAAAAGGAAAUACAUUUCGGAAAAAUGAUAUCUUGUUGAGUUCCCCCUCCCUUCCCCCCCUCUCCCCCUGCACCAGUUCAGAGAAAUGGGCACUUAACUCUCGCAUUCGGCUAGGAAUCUUCCAAUAGAGUGCAACUUGAUGCUUUGUACAUUGGUUGAGUUGUGAUGUGUCGGUCAUCUAGCCUGGUUGUACACCACCUUCCCUGUGUUACUAGUACUGGACCUGUAGAAUGAUAAUGUUAUUUUGAUAUUUGUGUGCGCACCUGACUCGCUAACUGCACGUCUCCGCCCCGGAACACAGGAGAAGCUAUUUUUGUACUAUUCUACGAUAGCAGUUCCUGGGCGAAGACCUGCCCACCACCUCCCCUACAUACGUGACACGGAGUGUGAGAAGCCCUAGCUGUAGAGCCAGUUUGUCAGCAGCAUUGUCACCUUCUUAAUUAAAACAGUACCAUUGUAA